AUGCCUCGAUGCAACGAUCCUAAAUGCGGCUGCCAGCCCUAUCCUCGAAAGAACAGAAAAGUCCAGGUCAUGCUGCGUGGAUCCCAGCCAGACCAAGUGUGCAAGCUCCACCAAAAGGGCGCCUCCAUUGACGUGAUCUUCGAUAUCAUCGACAACGCUUUGAUCCUACGCGAGAUCAUCAACGAUCCCACAAGACGCUACACCUUCUGGAAGUUCAGCGUGCAGAUCGACCUCGAGCAUAUGGAGUUUGGAAACUUGAUUGGACUCCCAGACAGCUCUCUCCUGCUGUCGCUGCGAAUCAAGCCAGAAGCCUGCGCUGUCAAAGGGAACAUGAUGAAGGUGAAAGAGAAGGUCUCGGGUUUCGCGCCCACCUAUCUCGAAAGCCGCUUAGACAACGACCUAUACCUGUGCGAUUGGCCUGAGAAGCGUCUCGAUAUCUUUCUCCCUGAGGAAAAGCUUGUGGGGUGGAAGACUGUGGCGCUUAUCAUGAAAACAUUUGGGAGGAUCUCUGCUGCCCAGUGGUCCGAUAUGGUGUGGAUGAAGGGCACUCCGCCUGUCGCUGGUUUGGACUGGAGAGCCCUCGAACAUGCGGUUAUGGAAGAGGAGGAGGCGGGAUGUAUGGGCGCUCAGGAGUCGCUGAAAUGCUCCAACAUCAAUCACAACUGUGUCAUCGCUGCGAAAGAGAUCAACCAUUCCGGAAAGCGUGAGGUGAUCUAUUGA